CAUGCUACCUCAUCGCUGUGGGCCCUUCCUAAGUCUUCCUUUCUGCCCGAGACUCCCAGGGAUACUGCUCUAUGACCUCAGAGAGACAGCUCUGCAUCAGAGCUUCCAGAGUGUCUGAAAGCUCCGCUGCGGGAGUCAUCCCAUUCUGCUAAAAGGAGUCACAGAUUUCAGAGGAGCUGCACGGGAGAGGCUGACCCCCGGAGAAGCUGAGAGCUCUUCAUUCUUUCUCUAAUAGGCACAGUUAGUACCGGCACCAUGAACUACACCAAUUGCUGCUCAGGGCAAAAGAUUGACAAAAGAGACCCCAUACAUCACAUGAGCCACCCCCAGGGACGGCCAGAGCUGCCACCUCUGCCUGUGUCUGCAAGUGAGGAGCCAUCUGAACUCUACCAGACCAUCAUGUCACACAGUUUCUAUCCCCCCCUGAUGCAACACACAUCCUGGACCCUCGCUGUGCCCUUCAAAGAACAGGACCAACAUCGUGGACCCAGCGACUCCAUUGGCAACAACUAUUCCUUGACGGCCCGGGACUUGAAGCUGAAAGACCUGCCGAAAUUCUACCAACCAUCUACCAUCAACAGCUCUAAAAACACGAGCAGUCAAGGGACAUCAUUAGGGCCUAAAACAUCCUCAUCAGAGCCCACCAAGAAGAAAAUGAAGUUCUCCUCCAAAUUCAAGGACGAUGCUUCUGGGAUGCCCGUGUCCUGCAAAUGCUCAUCCACUUUGAAUAUAAAACCUAAUCACCCAUGCUUGAUCCAUCCCGGAAGCAGACCCAUGAGUCCAGAACAACAGAUGGAUGUGAUGCUGCAGCAGGAAAUGGAAAUAGAUAGGAAAGAGAAAAUACCAACUGAGUCAGACCUGGAGAGAUAUUACUACUACUUGACCAACGGCAUCCGAAAAGACAUGAUUUCCCCCGAGGAUGAGGAGGUGAUGGAGCGGAUUUGCAAGCUGAUUCCUAAAGAGCUGCUGACAACUCCAGCCCUUGAACCCCUUCAAGCUGAGCUUAGGUCUGAGAUGAACAGUGACUAUUACUUUAGCCUCAUGAAAAGCAUCGUGGAUUACAUCCUCAUGGACCCGAUGGAGAAGAAAAGGCUGUUCAUCGAGAGCAUCCCUCGCUUGUUUCCUCAACGAGUUAUCCGGGCCCCUGUGCCUUGGCACAACAUCUACCAGAGUUCGAAGAAGUGGAAUGAGGAGCAUUUGCACAUAGUGAACCCCAUGAUGUACAACCUCAAAAAACUGUGGUUUGCAGAAUUUAAAGACAUCAGGUUUGUUAGAACAGAGGACUUACUGGCUGGAACGCUGCCCCUGCUACCUAACAUGUACGAGGAUGUGAUCCAGCAGCACUGCCAGGAAGCGCGUCAGAUCCUUCUCAGCAAGUGGAUCCCUACCUGUGCCCAGCUUUUUGUGUCCCAGAAAGAGCACUGGGUCCGCUUUGCUCCCAAGAGCGACUACGACUCCUCUCGAAACAUUGAGGAAUUUUUUGCUGCUGUUGCCUCCUUCAUGUCACUCCAGCUCAGAGAGUUGGUCAUUAAUUCCCUCAAAGACCUCGUUUCCUUCUUCAUGAUACACAAGGAUGGAAACGACUUUAAAGAGCCUUACCAAGAGAUGGACUUCUUUAUACCUCAGCUAAUCACAAUUAAACUUGAAGUGGAUGAGCCCCUCAUUGUGUUCCAGCCAACUUUCGAUGAAUGCUGGGAAUUAAUAAGGAAUUCCUUCUUGGAAAUUAUUAAGAAUUCUGAUGGGAUCCCCAAGGUGGAAUCCAUCCUCUUCCCAGAGCUGAAAGGCUACAACCUGAUCCUUGGGACUGUCGAUUCUGAAGAACAGCUUGUUUCAGACUUCGUGAAUCAGACUUUUGAGGUAUUUACGAAAAAUCAAGUUGGACCCUACAAAUACUUAAAUGUGUACAAAAAGUACGAUGACCUACUGGAUAACACAGCGGAGCAAGGCAUCACUGCGUUCCUAGGCGAAAAUCAUGACAUUGAGGACUUUGUGAUGGAUAUCAAUAAAAUAAAGAGGAGGAGAAAUGAAAUUGCCUCCAUGCACAUCACCGUGCCUCUGGGCAUGUUCUGUCUUGAUGCCUUCUUUCUAAAUUAUGACCUCUGUGAGCGAGCCCAAAACCUUAAGGACCGUCUGAUUCAGCAUCAAGUGGAUGUAAACCGGGAAACCAAUACGAGCAUUUGUAAUCAGUACAACACCAUCGCCGAGAGAGUGAAUGAGAUCCCUGCCAACACCGCGGAGCUAGUCACCCUCAUUGAAUACCUAAAGAAAUCCAGCGAUGUCACUGUGUUCAAGCUCAGGAGGCAACUUAGAGACGCAAGCGAGAGGCUUGAGUUCCUGAUGGAUUAUGCAGACUUGUCCCAGGAUGAUAUCAAACUGAACAGCACCCUGUUCCUCUGGCCUGACCAAAUAGAAGAUGUCUUUGAAGUCAGCCGAAAUCUGCUCCUUAACAAGAGGGAUCAGGCGGAGUUGGAGCUAAUUAAAAGGUGCUCAGAAUUUGAGUCAAGACUUGAAGGCUACAGCAAAGAGCUGGAUGCUUUCAGGAAGCGUGAAGUGAUGUCUACAGAAGAAAUGAAGAACAACGUGGAAAAGCUUAAUGAGCUCUCGAAGAACCUAGAUCUGGCACUGACGGAAUUUGAGUUGAUCAACAAGGAAGAGGAACUGUUAGAUAAAGAGAAGAGCUCCUUCCCUCUUCUGCAAACUCUGUUGAUCAACAAAGUGCCCUAUGAGCAGCUGUGGACCACAGCCUACGAGUUCAGCGUCAAGUCAGAGGAAUGGAUGAAUGGCUCUCUCUUUGGAUUGAAUGCUGAGGAGAUUGCAGAAGAGAUAGGGAACAUGUGGAGAACUACAUACAAGCUAACCAAGACCUUGAUAGACGUGCCUGCGCCCAGGCGCUUAGCGGAGAACGUCAGGAUAAAGAUUGAGAAGUUCAAGCAGCACAUCCCCGUCCUGAACAUCAUCUGCAACCCUGGGAUGAAGGAGCGGCAUUGGCAGCAGAUCAGUGAGAUCAUCGGCUAUGAGAUUAGUCCCACAGAAACAACGUGCCUGGCAAACAUGCUGGAAUUCGGAUUUGGCAAAUACAUUGAAAAGCUGGAGCCCAUUGGUGCAGCUGCCAGCAAGGAAUAUUCUCUGGAGAAAAACUUGGAGAAGAUGAAGGCAGACUGGGUCAACCUGGUGUUCAAUUUUGUGAAGUACAGGGACACUGAUACCAACAUCUUGUGUGCAGUUGAUGACAUUCAGUUGGUGCUCGAUGACCAUGUGAUAAAGACCCAGACAAUGUGUGGCUCCAUAUAUAUCAAGCCAAUAGAAGCAGAGUGUCGGAAAUGGGAAGAAAAGCUGCUUCGGGUGCAGGAAAACUUGGAUGCCUGGUUAAAAUGCCAAGCCACGUGGCUGUACCUGGAACCGAUCUUCAGCUCCGAAGAUAUCAUAGCCCAGAUGCCAGAAGAGGGCAGGAAAUUUGGCAUGGUGGAUAGUUUCUGGAAAUCACUCAUGGCUCAGGCGGUAAAAGAUGCAAGGGUUCUGGUGGCAGCUGACCAGCCAAGAAUGACUGAGAAGCUUCAGGAAGCCAAUCUUCUGUUGGAAGAAAUCCAGCUUGGGCUGAAUGACUACCUGGAGAAGAAGAGACUCUUUUUCCCCAGGUUCUUCUUCCUGUCAAAUGAUGAGCUUCUGGAGAUCUUGUCAGAGACAAAGGACCCACUCCGAGUGCAGCCACACUUGAAGAAGUGCUUUGAAGGAAUUGCCAAGCUAGAGUUCACAGACGAACUGGAAAUCAAGGGCAUGAUCAGCUCAGAAAAAGAAAUAGUUCCAUUCAUAGAGCCAAUCUACCCAGCGCAAGCCAAAGGCAUGGUGGAAAAGUGGCUGCAGCAGGUGGAACAGGUGAUGCUGUCUAGCAUGCGGCAAGUCAUAGAAAACGGGAUUGAAGCUUAUGACCAGGUCCCACGUAACAGCUGGGUCUUGCAGUGGCCUGGCCAGGUGGUUAUCUGUGUCUCCUCCAUCUUUUGGACCAAGCAAGUGUCCGAAGCCCUGCUUGACAACACCCUGCCAGACUUUCUGAAGAAGAGCAACGAGCAGAUUGCACAGAUUGUUGAGCUGGUGCGAGGGAAGCUGAGCAGUGGGGCGAGGCUCACUCUCGGGGCCCUCACUGUCAUCGACGUCCAUGCCCGUGAUGUGGUGGCCAAGCUGGCGCAGGAUAAGGUCACGAGUCAGAAUGAUUUCCAGUGGAUUUCACAGCUGCGAUACUACUGGGAGUCAAGGGACGUUCAUGUGCAGAUGAUAACCACAGAAGCCUUGUAUGGCUAUGAGUACCUGGGAAACUCCCCCCGGCUGGUGAUCACCCCUCUCACAGACCGCUGCUACAGGACUCUAAUGGGAGCUUUGAAGUUGAACCUUGGAGGGGCUCCAGAGGGUCCAGCUGGGACAGGCAAGACGGAGACCACCAAAGAUCUGGCUAAAGCUUUGGCCAAGCAGUGUGUGGUCUUCAAUUGUUCUGAUGGUUUGGAUUACAAAGCCAUGGGGAAGUUCUUCAAGGGGCUGGCCCAAGCUGGCGCAUGGGCCUGUUUUGAUGAAUUCAACAGGAUUGAGGUGGAAGUACUGUCAGUGGUAGCCCAGCAGAUCCUCAGCAUCCAACAAGCCAUUAUCCGGAAGCUGAAGGUGUUCAUCUUUGAAGGCACUGAGCUCUUGCUGAAUCCAACUUGUGCCGUCUUCAUCACCAUGAACCCUGGGUAUGCUGGCAGGGCUGAGCUGCCAGAUAACCUCAAGGCUUUAUUCCGAACAGUGGCAAUGAUGGUGCCAGAUUAUGCUCUCAUUGGUGAAAUUUCCCUCUAUUCUAUGGGCUUUCUGGACUCCAGGAGUCUUGCCCAGAAGAUUGUCGCCACCUACCGCUUGUGUUCUGAGCAACUCUCGUCCCAGCACCACUAUGACUAUGGCAUGCGGGCUGUCAAGUCCGUGCUCACAGCCGCAGGCAACCUCAAGCUCAAGUACCCCGAGGAGAACGAAAGUGUUUUGCUGCUCCGGGCCUUGCUGGAUGUCAACCUGGCCAAGUUCUUGGCUCAAGAUGUCCCCCUGUUUCAGGGAAUUAUCUCAGACCUGUUUCCUGGAGUAGUUCUUCCAAAGCCAGACUAUGAGGUUUUCCUGGAAGCACUCAACAACAACAUCAAAAAAAUGAAUCUGCAGCCAGUGCCUUGGUUUAUUGGGAAGAUUAUCCAGAUCUACGAGAUGAUGCUGGUAAGACAUGGCUACAUGAUUGUUGGAGAUCCCAUGGGUGGCAAGACAUCAGCUUAUAAAGUGCUGGCUGCAGCUCUCAGUGAUUUACAUGAAGCCAAGCAGAUGGAGGAAUUUGCUGUGGAAUUCAAAAUCAUCAACCCCAAGGCCAUCACGAUGGGGCAGCUGUAUGGCUGCUUUGAUGCAGUAAGCCAUGAAUGGACGGAUGGUGUCCUAGCCAACGCUUUCCGGGAACAAGCGUCUUCCAUAACUGAUGACCGCAAAUGGAUUAUAUUUGAUGGGCCAGUAGAUGCUGUUUGGAUUGAAAAUAUGAACACUGUCCUGGAUGACAAUAAAAAGCUGUGUUUAAUGAGUGGCGAGAUCAUACAGAUGAGCCCCAAGAUGAGUCUGAUCUUUGAGCCAGCAGAUCUGGAGCAGGCCUCCCCCGCCACCGUGAGCAGGUGUGGGAUGAUCUACAUGGAGGCCCACCAGCUAGGCUGGAAACCCCUGAAGGACUCGUACAUGAAUACUCUGCCUGCCUGUCUCACCUCGGAGCAUAAGGAACUGGUAGAGGACAUGUUCAUGUGGCUUGUUCAGCCCUGCUUGGACUUUACUCGCCUCCAUGGCAAAUACGUGGUGCAAACAUCCCCCAUUCACCUUGCCUUCUCAAUGAUGCGGCUGUACUCCUCCCUGCUUGAUGAAGUCAGGAACAUUGACACUGAGGAAGGCGAGGUAUAUGAAAGCAUGUCAAGUCAGCAGAUCUUCCUCUGGCUGCAAGGGCUGUUUCUCUUCUCCUUGGUGUGGACCGUGGCAGGCACCAUCAAUGCCGAGAGCAAAAAGAAAUUUGAUGUGUUUUUCCGCAACCUGAUCAUGGGUGUGGAUGAUCAUCACCCAAGGCCCAAAAGUGUGAAACUCACCAAAAACAACAUCUUUCCAGAAAGAGGAAGCAUCUAUGAUUUUUACUUCCUCAAACAAGGUAGCGGGCACUGGAAUGCGUGGACAGACUAUAUCACCAAGGAGGAGGAGACUAUUCCUGCAAAUGCAAAGGUGUCAGACCUCAUCAUCCCUACAAUGGAAACGGCCCGGCAGUCAUUCUUCUUAAAAACCUACCUGGACCACGAGAUUCCUAUACUGUUCGUGGGUCCCACAGGCACUGGCAAAUCAGCCAUCACCAACAACUUUCUUCUCCACCUUCCCAAAAAUAUCUAUUUGCCCAAUGUCAUCAAUUUCUCUGCCAGAACUUCAGCUAACCAGACCCAGGAUAUCAUCAUGUCCAAGCUGGAUCGUCGGCGGAAAGGCUUUUUUGGGCCUCCCAUAGGGAAGAAAGCAGUGGUAUUUGUAGAUGACCUCAACAUGCCAGCCAAAGAGGUGUAUGGAGCCCAGCCUCCCAUCGAACUGCUGAGACAGUGGAUUGACCAUGGCUACUGGUUCGACAAGAAAGACACGACCAGGCUAGACAUUGUGGAUGUUCUGCUUGCGACGGCCAUGGGCCCCCCUGGGGGAGGAAGGAAUGACAUCACUGGACGAUUCACUCGCCAUCUGAACAUCGUUUCCAUCAACGCAUUUGAAGAUGAGAUCCUAACCAAGAUUUUCACUUCUAUCUCUGACUGGCACUUUGGGAAAGGGUUUGAUGUCCAAUUCUUACGGUAUGGGAAGAUGAUGGUCCAAGCAACUCAGACAAUUUAUAGAGCUGCAGUGGAGAACUUCUUGCCAAUUCCCUCCAAGUCCCACUAUGUCUUUAACCUUCGGGAUUUCUCACGGGUGAUCCAGGGGGUCCUGCUGUGUCCCCACACACACAUGCAGGAUGUGGAAAAAUUUAUCCGGCUUUGGAUCCAUGAGGUUUACCGAGUCUUUUAUGACCGCCUGAUUGACAACGAGGACAGACAGACUUUCUUCAACCUGGUCAAGGAAACCACCUCCAAUUGUUUCAAGCAGACCAUGGAGAAGGUGCUAAUCCACCUAUCCCCCACUGGGAAGCUAGUUGAUGAUAACAUCCGUAGCCUAUUCUUUGGGGACUUUCUGAAGCCAGAUAGUGAUGUAAAAGUCUAUGAUGAGAUCACAGACCUGAAAGUCCUCACAUCGGUGAUGGAAUACUAUCUCGAGGAGUUCAACAGCGUCAGCAAGGCCCCCAUGUCCUUGGUCAUGUUCAAGUUCGCCAUUGAGCACAUCUCCAGAAUCUGCAGAGUUCUGAAGCAGAACAAAGGCCACCUGCUCCUGGUGGGCAUUGGGGGCAGCGGGCGGCAGAGCGCCACCAAACUGUCUACAUUCAUGAACUCCUAUGAGCUCUAUCAGAUCGAAAUCACAAAGAACUACACAGGCAACGACUGGAGAGACGACCUGAAGAAGAUAAUGCUGCAAUCUGGAGUGUCCGCCAAGUGCACCGUGUUCCUCUUCGCCGAUAACCAGAUCAAGGAUGAGUCAUACGUAGAAGACAUCAACAUGCUCCUGAACACAGGCGACGUGCCCAACAUCUUCCCACCUGACGAGAAGGCAGAAAUUGUGGAGAAAAUGCAGACUGCAGCCAGGACAGAAGGAGAGAAGAUUGAAGUCACUCCCCUGUCUAUGUACAACUUCUUCAUUGAGAAAGUGAAAAAGAACCUUCACAUUGUUCUCGCCAUGAGUCCGAUUGGUGAUGCCUUCAGAACCCGCCUGAGAAUGUUUCCUUCCCUCAUCAACUGCUGCACGAUCGACUGGUUCCAGGCCUGGCCAACUGAUGCCCUAGAGCUGGUGGCCAACAAAUUUCUUCAGGAUGUGGAGCUUGAAGACAACAUUCGGACAGAGGUCGUGUCCAUGUGCAAGUACUUUCAGGAGAGUGUGAAGAAGUUAUCAGUUGAUUACUAUAACACGCUUCUCAGAUACAACUACGUGACCCCUACUUCCUACCUUGAGUUGAUCCUAACCUUCAAAUCGCUCCUGAAUAUCAAGCGACAGGAGGUGGAUAUGAUGAGGAACCGCUACUUGGCAGGCUUGCAGAAACUGGAAUUUGCAUCUUCACAAGUGGCUGUCAUGCAAGUAGAGCUGACCGCCCUCCAACCUCAGCUCAUCCUCACCUCGGAGGAGACGGCGAAGAUGAUGGUGAAAAUUGAAGAUGAGACAAGAGAAGCUGAUGCCAAGAAACUUCUGGUGCAGGCGGAUGAAAAGGAAGCUAACGCCGCUGCUGCCAUCUCUCAAGCAAUCAAGAAUGAAUGUGAGGGGGACCUGGCUGAGGCGAUGCCAGCACUUGAGGCUGCACUAGCUGCCUUGGACACCCUGAACCCAACUGACAUCACAGUGGUGAAGUCCAUGCAGAACCCACCGGGUCCUGUCAAGCUGGUUAUGGAGAGCAUUUGUGUCAUGAAGGGGCUGAAGCCAGAGAGGAAGCCAGACCCCAGUGGCUCCGGUAAGAUGAUAGAAGAUUACUGGGGAGUGUCAAGAAAGGUCCUUGGAGAUCUGAAAUUCUUGGAAAGUCUCAAGACAUAUGACAAAGAAAACAUCCCCCCCAUGGUUAUGAAGCGAAUCCGGGAAAGAUUCAUUGAUCACCCUGAUUUCCAGCCAGCUGUCAUUAAAAACGUAUCAUCCGCCUGCGAGGGCCUGUGCAAGUGGGUGAGGGCCAUGGAAGUCUAUGACCGAGUGGCCAAGGUGGUAGCUCCCAAACGGGAGCGACUGAAGGAGGCUGAGGGGAAGCUGGAUAUACAGAUGCAGAAGCUGAACCUGAAACGGGCAGAGCUGAAGCUGGUGGAAGACCGACUCCAGGCUCUGAAUGACGACUUUGAAGAUAUGAACACCAAGAAAAAGGCACUGGAGGAAAAUAUUGAUAUCUGCUCCCAGAAGCUGGUCAGGGCAGAGAAGCUGAUCAGUGGUCUUGGUGGAGAGAAGGACAGAUGGACAGAAGCUGCCCGGCAGCUGGGGCUCCGCUAUAUUAACCUGACGGGGGAUGUGUUGUUGUCCUCUGGGACAGUGGCUUACCUGGGGGCCUUCACAGUGGAUUAUCGGGCCCAAUGCCAAGACGAAUGGUUGGACUGCUGUAAGCAAAAAGUCAUUCCAGGCUCUUUUAACUUCAGCCUCAGCAACACCUUAGGGGACCCCAUAAAGAUUCGUGCAUGGCAGAUAGCCGGGCUUCCUGUUGACUCCUUUUCUAUUGACAACGGCAUCAUUGUGUCCAACUCCAGACGUUGGCCCUUAAUGAUUGACCCUCAGGGACAGGCCAACAAGUGGGUGAAGAACAUGGAAAAAGCGAACAGGCUAUUUGUCAUCAAGUUCUCUGACAGCAACUAUGUGAGGACUCUGGAAACUGCCCUGCAGUUUGGCAACCCUGUCUUGCUGGAAAACGUUGGAGAAGAGCUGGAUGCCUUUAUCGAACCCAUCUUGCUCAAGGCCACGUUCAAACAGCAAGGAGUGGAGUUCAUGAGACUAGGUGAAAAUAUCAUAGAAUACUCGAAGGAUUUUAAGUUCUAUAUAACCACACGUCUGAGAAAUCCACAUUACCUCCCUGAAAUCGCGGUGAAAGUCUGUCUGCUCAACUUCAUGAUCACACCCUUGGGUCUUCAAGAUCAACUCCUCGGUAUCGUGGCUGCUAAGGAGAAGCCGGAGCUAGAAGAGAAAAAGAAUGAGUUGAUUUUAGAAAGUGCCCAGAAUAAGAAGCAGCUAAAGGAAAUUGAAGAUAAGAUCUUAGAGGUCCUGUCCUUGUCCCAGGGCAACAUCCUCGAGGAUGAGACGGCCAUCAAAGUGUUAUCCUCUUCCAAGGUGCUGUCUGAGGAAAUCUCCGAGAAGCAGAAAAUAGCCUCGGUGACAGAAACACAGAUCGACGAGACCCGGAUGGGCUACAAGCCUGUGGCUCUUCACUCAGCCACCAUCUUCUUCUGCAUCUCCGACCUGGCCCACAUCGAGCCUAUGUACCAGUACUCUCUGACCUGGUUCAUCAACCUCUACGUGCAGUCCCUCGCCAACAGCAGCAAAAGCGACGAGCUGGAACUGCGCAUCGAGUACAUCAUUGAACACUUCACGCUGAGCAUCUACAACAACGUGUGCCGUUCCCUGUUUGAGAAGGACAAGCUGCUGUUCUCCCUCCUCUUGACAGUCGGCCUCUUGAAGGAAAAACAAGCCAUCAGUGAGGAGGUUUGGUACUUCCUGCUAACUGGAGGUGUGGCCCUGGAGAACCCUUUCCCCAACCCGGCGCCUGAUUGGUUAUCCGAAAAGUCUUGGGGUGAGAUAGUUCGGGCUUCCACCUUACCGAGACUGAACGGUUUGAUGGAAGACCUGGAGCGAAACACCGAGGACUGGAAGUACAUCUAUGACUCAGCCUGGCCCCACGAGGAGACGCUGCCCUCACCCUGGAAGUUCCUCCAGACGCUUGAACGGAUGGCGAUCCUGCGAUGUUUGCGGCCUGACAAGAUGGUCCCAGCCGUUCAAGAUUUCAUCUGCGAAAGCAUGGGAAAGAUAUUCAUCGAAGCCCCGACUUUUGAUCUCCAGGGAUCCUACAAUGACUCCAGUUGUUGCGCACCACUGAUUUUCGUACUGUCCCCGGGGGCAGAUCCUAUGGCAGGUCUGCUGAAGUUUGCAGAUGAUCUUGGCAUGGGAGGUACCAAAACACAGACCAUCUCCCUUGGCCAAGGCCAAGGUCCUAUUGCUGCCAAAAUGAUCCAGGAUGCCAUCGUAGAAGGGACCUGGGUGGUCCUACAGAACUGCCACCUGGCUACAAGUUGGAUGCCUUCCCUGGAAAAGAUCUGUGAGGAGGUGAUUACCCCUGAGAACACCAGACCAGAGUUCAGACUCUGGCUGACUAGCUAUCCAUCAGAGAAGUUUCCUGUCAGCAUUCUCCAGAAUGGGAUCAAAAUGACCAAUGAGCCCCCCAAAGGGCUCAGGGCCAACCUUUUGCGUUCCUACCUCAAUGACCCAGUCUCGGACCCUGUGUUCUUCCAGAGCUGUUCAAAGCCGGUUAUCUGGCAAAAACUGUUGUUUGGACUUUGCUUCUUCCAUGCCAUUGUCCAAGAGAGGAGGAACUAUGGAGCUCUAGGUUGGAAUAUCCCUUAUGAAUUCAAUGAAUCUGACCUGAGGAUUAGCAUGCGGCAGAUCCAGAUGUUUCUGAAUGAUUACGAAGAGGUGCCCUUUGAAGCUCUGACCUACCUGACAGGGGAAUGCAACUAUGGAGGCAGAGUGACUGAUGACAAAGACAGGCGUCUCCUGCUGUCCCUCCUGUCCACAUUCUACUGCAAGGAGAUUGAAAAAGAUCCCUAUUUCAUUGCUCCUGGAGAUGCUUACUUCAUCCCUGCCCAUGGCACCUAUCAGUCCUACAUUGAGUAUCUCAGGACCCUCCCCAUCACAGCGCACCCUGAAGUAUUUGGUCUCCACGAGAAUGCUGACAUCACCAAGGACAACCAGGAAACCAACCAGCUCUUCCAAGGAGUGCUGUUGACCCUCCCAAGACAGUCGGGAGGGAGUGGAAAGUCCCCUCAGGAAGUGGUUGAGGAGCUGGCCCAGGACAUCCUCUCCAAGCUUCCCUCAGACUUUGACAUGGAAGAGGUCAUGAAGUUGUAUCCCGUGGUCUAUAACGAGUCUAUGAAUACCGUCCUAAGGCAGGAGCUCAUCAGAUUCAACAGGCUGACCAAAGUGGUUCGCAGAAGCCUUAUUGAUAUUGGCCGAGCCAUCAAAGGGCAAGUUUUAAUGUCCUCAGAGCUGGAGGAAGUCUUCAGUAGUAUGAUCGUGGGGAAAGUGCCAGCCAUGUGGGCAGCCAAGUCCUACCCGUCACUGAAGCCCCUGGGGGGCUAUAUUGCUGACCUAUUGUCCCGCCUGGCCUUCUUCCAGGAUUGGAUCAACAAUGGCCCCCCUGUGGUCUUUUGGAUUUCUGGAUUCUACUUUACACAAUCCUUUUUGACGGGAGUUUCUCAGAAUUAUGCCAGGAAAUACACCAUCCCCAUUGACCACAUCGGAUUUCAAUUUGAGGUAACAACACAAGAAACAUCUAUGGAGAAUAGCCCGGAAGAUGGGGCCUACAUCAAAGGCCUUUUCCUCGAGGGUGCCCGUUGGGACAGGAAAACGAUGCAGAUUGGAGAAUCUCUCCCCAAAAUCCUCUAUGACCCAUUGCCCAUCAUUUGGCUGAAACCUGGGGACAGCUCAUUAUUCUUGCAUGAGAACAUUUACGUGUGUCCGGUGUAUAAGACAAGUGCCCGGAGAGGUACCCUCUCUACCACUGGCCACUCUACCAACUACGUCCUGUCCAUCGAGCUUCCAACAGACCUGCCCCAGAAGCACUGGAUAAACCGAGGUGUGGCCUCACUGUGCCAGCUGGAUAAUUAAGAGCAGGUGUCUCAAAACAGAGUAAAUGGCAUUUCAUUUCUCCAUUACAAUAUAGCCUUUCUUUCUUGAGUUAUAUAGGGUAAAGGUAACAAUGACAUAAUUCUAGCAAUAGAGCCAGACAUUUCACAGCAGCCCUAUAAAGUAGGUUAUUAUCAUCGUUCUCGUCAUCAUUUCAUGGCUGCAGAAAGUACGAGAAGGUAGGUAAUACUCCCAUAUUAGACGGAUCCUAAAUUGGAACACAGGCAGUGUGACUCUGCACCUAGACUUGCAGUUAUUUGGCUUAAGCUGGUAUUUUCUUUACCUCAGGUUUUGCUGUAACUGUCACGAAAUUCCAGUCACUUCUGAGCUGAUUGACCUACUUGUGCAGCCAUCCAGGACCCAUAAGAGACUGAGAAGGGCUUGAAUUUUUUUUUUAAAAGCUCUUGGUACAUUUUAUUUAUAUUAUAUUUUUUGGCGUGUAUGUGUCUGAGUGUAAGUAUGUUGAGUACAGGUGCCCAAAGAGAUCAGAAGAGAGUAUCAGAUCCCUGGAAAUGGAAUUACAAAUAGUUGUGAGCUGCUGUGUGGUUGUUGGGGACUGAACCCAUGUCCUCUGCAGGAGCGACAAGCACUCUUCACCACUGAGCUACCUCUUCAGCCUUCACUUAGUCUGUUUUAAAUGCACGUCUUAUGGUGGUGAGGACUAUUAUCACUUCUGCUUUGCUGGUUCCGAUUAGGUUCCAGUCAGUUAGUGGUACAAGCUCAGCUGCUGCUUGUGCUGAGGACCAAGCCCAUGACCAAGCACUCUAGGCCAGCACUCCACUGAGCUACAUUCCCAGCCCAGCUUCGACUGCUUCUCUAUCAGUCACAUGAAUGGGCUAACUUCUCUCAUCUUUGGAGAGACGAGAGGAGCCUAUUUGUUGUCAUCCUAUCCUACUGUGUGCAGGGUUUGUGCCCAAGCCUUUGGCUCACUCGUUCAAUCCCAUGUGCUAGGAAUGACUGUUUUACCCCGCCUCCCAGUCCUCACACCUGGUGGCUCGUGGAGUUGAAAGAGGCCACCUAAGAGCACCACACAGCUCUUUCACAUUGCACAGCCAGCUGGCCCUUGAAUCCCAUGUAUGUUUCAUGGCCACAUGUUACCUCCUAGCCGAGGACUUGGCUAUUCUGAUGUGGACUGUUGGAAGAGAUUGUAGUGCCAGCCACAUGACUGUGUCCAAGGAAUUUCCAUCCCUUGUUUCUCCCCAGAACAUCAAACUCCCGAGGUUUUCUUCCCUGAUCCCCUCAGGUAGCUCUUAGGCUCUAAGUGGCUUUACUUGGGGUGUGCAGAGUGCAGCAGAAACGGGUGGUUUGACAGUCUUAAUGUGUGUGGUCUGGCUUUUCUGCCUCUUCACUAGAAACAAAUGCCUUGAUUCAGGACAAAAUAAAGGUACUGCAGAAAACUUUAGUUUCAAUUUCUUCAAGGUGUUAACCAAAUUCUGAGAUGAGCAAGCUGAGUGCCCAGAAAGAGUAAGUUCAUGG